UUUUUUCUCUCGGCUUUGUCUUUCUCCGAUAGCGAUGGCGGCCGAGGGCGGAAAGCGGUGGUCACUGAGCGGAUCCGGCGGCAGCGGCGAUGGUAGCGAAGGGGUUCUGUCUCGCGUGUCGCAAUCGGCGGUGGUGUACAAGGGCAAGAAGGUGGCCUCCGACGCCGCCUACAUGACUAAGCGCCUCCUGAAGAGCACCGGCAAGGCGGCGUGGAUCGCAGGCACCACCUUCCUUAUCCUCGUCGUUCCCCUCAUCAUCGAGAUGGACCGCGAGCAGCAGCUCAACGACCUCGAGCUCCAGCAGGCCAGCCUCCUCGGCACCCCCACCCCCGCUGCCCCUCAGAAGUGAAGCUGUUUUCCUGUUAUGUGUUUCGAGUUCGCUAUGUUCCAGAAAUGUAAUCCUGUUGGCUCUAGAAACUCAGAUUCCAGGAUUUUGGUUGGGGGCGUUCCUGGAUAUUUCUGAUCUUUUACUCCAUCAGCUUUCUUUGAACUAUACCGCUGAAGCAAUAUCCAGGGAAUAUUCUUUAUAAUUAUUUCAAAACAUUUAUUUUAGCAUUAUACUUUUGACCUUAACUGACCGUGAAGUUCAUUCUUAUCAAGUGCCUGGUAUAAAACAUUCUCUAUGUCCAUGUGCCAAUGAACAUUCUCUAUCUUUGGUUUAAUGAAGUCUGUUGGAGCUGA